UUUCAAACUUGAGAGAUGGGGGUCAUGACGACCUUGGCGGUGAUUCUAUUGAGCAUCGUUGGUGGGGGUGCUUUGGGGGCAUCGAUUUGGGAGACGCAGGCAGUUGAAAUCACGAGGAAGCCCAUCGUGCAUCUGGUGAGCUACAACUUCACCAACGGAGGAACGUUUGCUAUGUCGCUGCAAACCGUUGUGUAUCCUGGGUCGGCCGCCGGCGUGGGUUUGGUAGUAUGUGAUGCUGCGGCAUAUUCAACGAUGCUGACCUUGGGGUACCCUGACGCGAGCUGGCCGCUUUGUAUGAAGCGCAGUCGCAAAUCAUCGGCCACUCUCCUGCAAUCUCUCUGCACAGUGUAUCCCAUGCUAGGGACGCUAAGCUCCAUAUUGCAGAGCAACUGGUCGGCCCCAUCCGAGACGAUUUUGUUUGCUAGGAUUGACCUCACAGACGACAUUCCGUCGACGUCAGCAGGGAUGCACCACAUGUUGAUCGAUGCAUGUUCCAUUGCAUGUGCAUCGUCGGAUGACUGCGAAGACGACGGCACCACUCAAGUCUCUGCUACCUUGCGCUACGCCAUGUGUGACGCCGCCAGCCCUCGCCAGUGCGCCGGCAACCACAUGAAUCAGCUCGUCGUCAUUUACACGACGUACGCAGUGCUGUGGGUCCUAGCUGGCAUUGUGUGGGCAGGUCAUACAUACCGAAGUCGCGCGCCUGUGUUCAAGCUGCAUGUCAUCAUGUCCCUCACCCUGGCUACCAAGGUGAUUGCCACUGGCACAGCGUCGUUGGCGUUUCUGGUGUCUCGUAUGGACGCCACCCUGGCGUACUUGCGGCUAGCCGAAAUAAUGCAGCUGGGUGUGACGUGCUUGAUGAUGCUCGUGGUGUUUGGCUUGUCGGAUGGAUGCGACAUUGUUGGGGUGCAUGAUCGAGGGUUCCUCCUUGCCAUCUUAUAUUUUGGCUAUUCGCUGGUCGAAUCUGCGGACUCGUGGAAUCCCAUAUUGUCAGCUGUGAUGGUCUUGUGCAUUCUCUUCAUGAUCACCACGUUGUCCACCAAGCGUCUGAAUGAGCUUCACACAUAUGCGUACGCCUUGCAACAAGCCGGAUUGAACCCCGAUGCAUCGCCCCUUGGCACCAAAGUUCGCCUCCUCCGGGCCGCACGCCUGUACUCCGUCUUGUACUUCCUCGAAACGUACUGUGUCAAGAUUGUCUUUUUCCUCGUGCACCCCACUACCACAGUCGCUGAGGAUGCCAUGGUGGAAGGCCUUGAGCUGGUGUUUUUUCUCCUUAUGGGUUACACCUUUCGCUGCCGGCAUUUUAGUUAUGUAUUGACCUACACCCCUCGACCUCGACCGUCGGCCAGGGUGGUUCCAAUUGCAAACUCCCCGGAAGGGAUCGAGGCGACGUCCCUUUCCCUUGUACCCCUUGUAGUGCCUAUCAUCAUGAAGGCCACAGUGUUCUCCCAUCCAGACAACUCACGGUCGUUGGGUAAACCGUGCGAAGGUCUCCUUAAUCAUCGAGAGCCAUAACAAUACUAUUCUUCAAUGAAGUUUCUUUCGCACAAGGAAUAAGGUUGGCCCAAUUCAUUCUAAU